GGUGCGACACCUCUCCAGCAACAGGCGUCAAUCGCUAUCUUCUGUAGGAUUUUUUUUUUCAUAAGGUCUAGAACAGAGCAGAUCUACUCAAGAUGAAUGUUUUCCUCUUGCUCAGCAUUUUAAUUUUUAGCUGGAGCAUCGAUAUGACAGAUCCCAGUAUACAAAAACGCAUUACCUAUCUGUUCUUUGGGGCCCAUGGCGUAAUAUUUGGCAUGUUUGCUUACGUCGCCUUUUUAAUAUGGCGCCGUUCUGAUCAAGCCCUUAUUCAAGUCAACGACCCCUACACCAAUGAGAUACAGAUUAAGAAAACCUGGGAGUAUGAUGCCGGAAAGCUAUGUGAGCUUUUUUUCAUGAAAGUGGGGGUUUCUGCAGGCCUCGGCUAUUUUCUGGCGUCCUAUUUCACGUUCCCUCUCUCUAUUAUAUUGCAGUCUGUCUAUAACCCAUUGAUGGUCUGGAAUUCGGAGCUCUUCAAGUUGUACGCCUUGGGGAAGGACGCUGAGGGUGCGCUAGCGCGACCAUGGCCAGACGCCACUUCUUUACCUCCCUGGUUGACAGAUUUGUGGACGCAUUCCAAAGACGAGACCAAAUCGAUAUUAGCGCAGCAAAAUGAGGGGGGUAAGGCCGCGAACAGGUCGUCGAAGAAACGCAAGUAAUCAAGAAUAAAGAACUAAUAUCACACUAUAAGGUUGUAAUACAUACAUGCUGAGCUGGGCAGACACUACAAUUUUUACGCUUAAGCCAUACGUUAAAUGAACGAAUGCAUAUAUAUAUAUAUAUAUAUAUAUAUGCGAAAAUGAUCCAAUAGUCGACACAGUUUCGAUCUCAGCUGUUGCAGCUUUGGUAGGUUGAUUGCAUCCUAUUCAGAAAGAUGGUGCAUGUCACACUUUGUGGGUCGAGCUUCUUUGUGGAAAAGUAACAUAGCAUUCUCCCUAUGUAUGCUUUCCCCACCACUUGGUAUAGUGCAGCCCAAACGGAAGCAAUAAUAGUAGUUCUGGUUCUGCAUUGAUCAUCAUAAAAGUUGAUGUUAGUGAUAGGGCUCAUUCAGUAAGUAUAGGUCUAUUCGUAA